ACAGAUUUGAAGCUCAGUACUGCAGUCUUUCUGCGUUGCGUGCUUGGCUUAAAACUACACAAAAAAAACCUCCAAAAAAUAAACAGAUUUGAACAGAUUUGAGCUUUGGAGCUUUCACUUUCUCCACCUUGCGUCUUUGUGAUAUCUUUUCACAACAAAUCGCUAAGGUUUUCCGUGAAAAAGUGUUGGAUUUUUAUUUCAAAUUCUCAAUCUGAAGCGAACACGAACAGUCGAUCGAGUCGGUGAAUUUGAGAAAUGUCGAGGAGAGUAGCAGAGCCUCACGAAAACCACGACGAGUUGAAGGACGAGGAGGAAGAGUAUGAGGUUCAGGAUAUCAAGGACCGCAUCAAAUCGUCGCGCGGAAGCCGAUUCAAUCUCAUCACGAACGAGUUAGGGCUCGACGACGACUCCUCUUCGAUUCUGAGACGGUUCAGUCGCCAGAGCCUCAUCAAUGGCGUCAAAGGCCUUUCCCACGGCGUCAUUCAUCCUGACAACUGGUGGUAUCGGGCAUGGACGAAAUUCAUACUGGUGUGGGCAGUGUACUCAUCCUUCUUCACACCUUUCGAGUUCGGGUUUUUCAGGGGUUUGGAAGAGAAACUUUUUAUAAUGGACGUAGUAGGACAGGUAGCAUUCCUUUUGGACAUAAUUUUGCAGUUUUUCCUGGCUUACAGAGAUGGUCAGACAUAUCGAAUGGUCUAUAAGCGAACUCCUAUUGCUCUCAGGUACUUGAAAUCUAAUUUUAUCAUUGAUCUGCUUGGUUGUAUGCCUUGGGAUAACAUCUACAAGGUUUGUGGGAGAAGAGAGGAAGUGAGGUAUCUCCUAUGGAUAAGGUUAAGUCGGGUGCGCAAAGUCACUAAGUUCUUUAAAGACCUAGAGAAGGAUAUUCGUAUCAAUUAUAAUUUUACCAGGGUUAUAAAGCUUCUUGUUGUUGAACUCUAUUGCACGCAUACAGCAGCCUGCAUCUUUUACUAUUUGGCUACCACCUUGCCUGCUUCACAAGAGGGGUACACAUGGAUUGGAAGUUUGAAGUUAGGUGACUAUAGUUAUUCAAACUUCAGGGAUAUCGACUUAUGGAAGCGCUAUACAACUUCUAUGUAUUUUGCCAUUGUAACCAUGGCCACUGUUGGUAAGUUACUUUUUAAAUAUCUUUUUAAUGAAUACAACCGCAUUUUGCUUAUCAUUUCAGUUUUCAUCUUUCCUGCUUCAAUUCGCGCCAAGAUUUCACACACUUUAUAUUUCCCGUACAUUGAAAGUGUUCCUCUCUUCAAGGGAUGCUCGGCAGAAUUCAUCAAUCAGAUUGUUAUUAAACUCCAUGAGGAAUUUUUUCUCCCUGGAGAAGUGAUAAUGGAACCCGGAAACGUGGUAGAUCAACUUUAUUUCGUCUGUCAUGGUUUGCUGGAGGUGGUAGGCAUCGUGGAAGAUGGAACAGAAGAAACUGUUUCACAAUUGGAACCUAACAGCUCAUUUGGAGAAAUCUCCAUUCUUUGCAACAUUCCCCAACUUUAUACAGUUAGGGUGCGUGAGUUAUGUAGGCUUCUGCGACUAGAUAAACAAUCUUUUACAAGCAUCCUUGACAUAUAUUUUUAUGAUGGGAGGAAAAUCUUGAACAACCUUCUAGAGGGUGCACCUCGCAUCAAACAACUAGAAUCAGACAUUACAUUUCACAUUGGAAAGCAAGAAGCUGAACUUGCUUUGAAGGUCAAUAGUGCGGCUUAUCAUGGAGAUCUGUUUCAGCUAAAAGGUUUGAUCCGUGCUGGAGCUGAUCCCAACAAGACAGAUUAUGAUGGAAGGUCACCAUUGCAUCUUGCUGCAUUAAGGGGACAUGAAGAUAUUGCACUUUUCCUUAUUCAGGAAGGCGUAGAUAUCAACAUCAAAGACACUUUUGGGAACACACCCUUACUUGAAGCCAUAAAAAAUGGCAACGAUCGAGUUUCUUCUUUACUUAUUAAAGAAGGGGCCUCCUUGAAGAUGGACAAUGCUGGUAGUUUUAUAUGUACAGCCAUUACCAAGGGGGACUCAGAUUUCAUUAAAAGGUUAUUGUCAAAUGGCAUUGACCCGAACUCCAAAGAUUAUGAUCACCGGACCCCACUUCAUGUAGCUGCCUCGGAGGGAUUAUAUAUGAUGGCAAAGUUGCUGUUAGAAGCUGGGGCUAGCGUUUUCUCAAAGGACAGAUGGGGAAAUACCCCACUAGAUGAAGGUCAGAUGUGUGGGAACAAGAAUUUGAUUAAACUGCUAGAAGAAGCAACGGCUACUCAGUUGACAGAAUCUCCUUACCGUGCUCAAGAACUCGCAGAUAAACUGCACCCAAAGAAAUGCACUGUGUUUCCUUUCCAUCCAUGGGAAGGCAAAGAACAAAGAAGACCUGGAAUUGUGUUAUGGGUCCCUACUACCAUUCAAGGGCUCAUCAAAACAGCGACAGACCUACUAGAAUUUUCAAGUGGUUCCUUUAUAAUAUUAUCAGAAGAUGGAGGUAAAAUUCUUGAUGUAGACUUAAUAAAUGAUGGUCAGAAGCUGUAUUUAGUCAGUGAUACACAUUUGACAUAAACAUUUUGGCCUUAUGUUAUAAUUUUAAUAUAGUCCUUGUGUGAUUUUUGUAUGCAAACGGGAAUGUAUCUCUCCAUUUGUUGUACUUGGCGACUUUAUAUCAGUUUCAAGGUUUGUGAGAUAAAGAGAAACCAAAGCAUAACAUUGUGAGAGCACACUAUAAUAGCAGUUGACAAGGUGAGAGACAUGGACAACAAUACUUUUGGUUGUAUCUA